AUGACUUCGACGCCGAUUGCAUUCAAGGAUGCGCUCAAUGAGCUCGACGACCGCAGGAUCAAGGUGGUCCGGCCUUUGAUCCCGCCGCAGAUUUUGGUCGAGGAAUAUCCACUCACCAUGACAGCAGCGCAAACCAUCCUCAAAGGGCGACGUGCAACAGAGGAUAUCAUCAAGGGUGAUGAUGACAGACUUGUUGUAAUCGUUGGUCCCUGCUCGGUGCACGAUGUCAAGGCUGGUCUCGAGUACGCCGCACGUUUGAAGAGCUACGCUGACGAAGCGACGCAAGACCUUCACAUUGUCAUGCGAGUCUACUUUGAGAAACCUCGAACAACAGUCGGGUGGAAGGGUCUCAUCAAUGACCCGAACCUCAAUGGGAGCUACCAGAUCAACAAGGGUCUCAAGCUUGCCCGUGGCUUGCUGCUCGAGGUCGCAAAUAUGGGCCUUCCGGCAGGCACCGAGUUCCUCGACACCAUUUCACCGCAGUAUACAGCUGAUCUAAUUAGCUGGGGUGCCAUUGGAGCUCGGACGACAGAGUCUCAAGUACAUCGCGAGCUGACGUCGGGCCUCUCGAUGUCUGUCGGCUUCAAGAACGGGACAGACGGGUCGAUCGACAUCGCAGUGGACGCCAUUAAAGCCGCCUCGUCCCCGCACGUCUUCCUGUCCGUCACGAAACAAGGAAUCUCGGGUAUCGUUGAGACCAAGGGCAAUGAUGCCUGUCAUGUCAUUCUUCGCGGCGCCAACAGCGGGCCGAAUUACUCGCCGCAGCACAUCAAGGAUGUCAGCGGGAGGCUCAAGAAAGCUGGGCUGCGGACCAAGGUCAUGGUCGAUUGCUCGCACGGUAACAGUGAGAAGAAGCACGAGAAUCAAACCAAGGUCGUCGACAGCUUGGUACAGCAGCUCUCAGAAGGAGAGACCGGUGACAACAUUGUUGGCGUCAUGCUCGAGAGCAACCUCGUCGAGGGCAAGCAAUCCAUCCCACCUUCUGGGCCCCAAGAUCUCAAGUACGGCCAGUCGGUCACUGACGCCUGUAUCAACUGGGAAACGACAGUCUCUGCGCUGAACAAGCUCCGACAAGGUGUGCAGGCACGACGGCAGAAGGUGCGCUCGCGCGCGGCAAGCGGAGAUCUCAACGGCAGUUUGGCGAGCAGUAUUUCAAGCCUCAAAGAGGGGAUCAACGAUGCUUUCCUGGCAACGCAUGACUCUGCCAAUGGUGUGGGCAGCGGCUUCAAUGACCAACAUCUGGCCACUCUUGGCAAAAAUGUCCAAUGA